AUGUCUCAUCACUUCAAUGCUGCGCCGAGCCCUGAACCCGCCGAAGUUCUAGCGCAGCGUCCCAAUGAGCAUGCUGAGGCAGAAUCCUCUCAGGGGUGUAUAUUUACCAACUCCGUGUACCCAUGGUGGGAGGAACAACAGUGUGUCCUUGAUUCAGAGAGCGCAAUUUCCGAUCUGGACCAUUCUAUCAAGGAGCAGCUUCGGGCAGAUGGUUGGCUACUGGAUCGAAGUGGACAGGAAAUCCCACUGAGCCCAUUUCCACCCGAUAUCGACUCCGUGAUCCUCGCGCGAAGCUACAUUACUACACUCGAGAAUUGGCUCCGGAGUAAUGUGGAAGAUCCCGAGGAAAUAAUCCCAGUCGAUGGAGAUAUAGAUCCAUAG